CUGCUCGCCACGACCCGUCUAGGUCCGGCGCCAGGCAACUAUGCACUCUGUCAAAACGCCCUUAUUGCACCCGGUGCGAAUGUCCUCCUUUCUUGUCGUCAAGCCAAGAGUGCUUUUGGCUGGUACGCAAAUCUGUCUCUGAACAAUAGUCAGCACUUUCAACCAGUCUCGCCGUAUUAUGCACCUCGUCGUGACCACGAACACCUCGGGCUGGAUCGAUCCGGUCGCAGAGUAGCCCUACAUCAGCCUCGGCGAAGGCUUUUGUGUUGGGGACACACUCGCAAACGCAGUACAGAAAGUCGUCACUCAGCGUCUCCAGCUCUCGAGAAAAGAGGCCCUUUCUUGAGCAGGAAACCCUCAGACUGGAUCGAUCCGGUAUUGAGAUAUCUUCGGGUUAGCAUCAGCAAUGAUGUUCACCUUCAUGUUGAUAUUGGCUUUGUAUUUAGUAUUGGAGUUGGUGUUGAUGUUGACGUUGAAGUAAUAGUUGGAAGUGACAAUAGUAUUGAGGCUAACGUAGACCUUAACUUUGACAGUGAUAUUGGAAUUGACGUUAGCGUUGGGGUUGGCAUUGACAUUAAGGCUGAUAUUUAA